AUGCCGCUCGUCUUCGUCGAGGCAGACGCCAAGCAACUCGGCGCGGCCGCCGACCAUCCUCCCCCCACCACCAAGCAUCCUAACACGAGCGCCGCCGCUACCACCAGCCAGCAGCUGGCCGACCCGGGCUCUUCGGCCACGCCGGCCGGUCGUCCUCGUGAGCGCCACCAGUCGCCCGUCGAUGUCAAGAACCUGAAGAAACGCCGGCGCCGUGACAGCCAGAAGAGCACGGUCAGCUCCCGCGCCAAGCGCACCUAUCGUCUUUCGUGCGCGCCGAAGCGUCUGGAUUUUGAGGAC